AUGGGACAUGCGACAGUGUUUGUGAACCUUGAAGGAUUUAAUUUUAUUACUGAUCCGGUUUGGGCUUCAAGAGUGUCGCCUUUCACUUGCAUUGGCCCUAAAAGAUAUCGACCGCCUCCAUGUAGAAUUGACCAACUUCCAAAGGUUAGUUCUUGAUUUUUUCGGAAUUUUGUGUCGUCAAGGCGUUAAAUCUGCGUGUAUUAAGGUUCGAAUUUAAUUUUCAGCUAGACUUCGGAGUGAUAUCUCAUAAUCAUUAUGAUCAUAUGGAUCGGAAAGCAAUCAAAACGAUCUCCCAACGAUUUCCCGACAUGAAGUGGUUCGUUCCAAAAGGUCUGAAAAACACGAUGAGAAAGUUUGCUCACGGCAACGAAAUUUACGAACUUAUUUGGUAUGUUGUGGGCUACUAUAAAAUUUACUCCAAAGCCUGAAUAACGACGAUUCCUUUAGGGGUGAAAAUUUUACCUUGGUCAGGGACGGAAGUCAGAUUCAAAUCUGGUGUGUGCCCGCUCAACAUUGGAGUACUCGAUGCAUCUUUGACAAGGACAAAUCGUUAUGGAGUGGAUGGGCUGUAACGGGUCAGGAGAAGCGAUUUUAUUUCGCUGGGGACACCGGAUUCUGCGAAGAGGAAUUUGGAAAAAUCGGGAGAAUUUUAGGGCCAUUUGAUUUGGCCGCAAUUCCUAUUGGAUGUUACACUCCAAGGUCAGUUAUAUAAUAUUGUAAUUAGAAAAGUUUAAUAUUUUUUGAUAUCUUUCAGACAUAUCGUGAAGCCGCAACACAUCAAUCCUGAGGCCGCCGUUAAAGUUCAUCAACUGGUUAGAGCCAAACAAUCGAUAGGAAUACACUGGGGAACUUAUAAAAUGGGGUCGGCUGAAGUGAGUCAAACACAAACCACUUGUUUCUGUUCAAAGUUCGAAGAGUAAUUAUCAAUUUUUAGCCCUAUUUGGAGCCGAAAACUUUGCUCGCCGAAGAGGUUGCACUCGCCGGUCUUCCAGCAGAUGCUAUGAUAACUGUUGAACACGGCGCCACAUGGACUGAAAGCAAAAAAAAAACAACAUACUAA